CGCUCUCUCCUGCAAAGGAAUCGAAGCGUACGUCUUUAACGAGAGGCGUAGCUGUUUUGCUCUUGCAUUGUGCGACUUGCCUUGGUGGAGAAAUUUCCGCUUCCUGCACUGAUAAACAUUCAGUAGCUUACCAAGUUGAGAAAGAGGGUUCGCUCGCUGUGUUUUGCAAAAUAAAGGACACUGACGUUAAUGUUGCUAUUUACUAAGACCAAAACAGUACUUGUUUAGACAGAUAAACUUUCGAUUUCCAGACGACAUUCUUCACGCACAGACUGACAAAUUCUUCAGGGACGCCGUACGUUUUUGCAACGAAGAGAGUGGGAGAAGACAGGCUGUUCAACCCGUUCGUUUGAAACCGUUUUAGCUAACCUACCUCCAGGAUGUCGGAGCGAGGAGGGCUCCCGCGGACUGGAGGUGCCCCCUCCCCGCACUUGCAGCCCUCCAAACCGGUCGCGAUCACCUCGAAUCGCCCGGUUCACAUGAAUCUAUACGCCACCUGGGAAGUGGACCGCUCUUCCCCAAGCUGUGUGCCGAGGCUGUUCAACCUGACCCUAAAGAAGCUGAUCAUGCUGAAGGAGCUGGACAAAGACCUCACCUCGGUGGUCAUUGCUGUCAAGUUGCAGGGUUCUAAGCGGAUCCUGAGGUCCAAUGAGAUCUUGUUGUCUUCCGCGGGCCUGACCGAGACAGACCUUCAGCUGACCUUCUCUCUACAGUAUCCCCACUUCCUAAAGAGAGAUGCCAACAAGCUUCACAUUAUGCUGCAGCGUCGUAAGCGCUAUAAGAACCGAACCAUCCUGGGCUACAAGACCCUGGCCCUGGGACUCAUCAACAUGGCUGAGGUGAUGCAGCACCCCAGUGAAGGUGCCCAGGUGUUGGGGCUCCACAGCCAGUUGAAGGACGCCUCCAUCCCAGUAGCUGAGGUCAGAGUCUACUCACUCUCCAGCCAGCCCAUCGACCACGAGGGACCCAAGGCCAAGAUGUCCGAUCGUUCUCCAGACAUUGAUAACUAUUCUGAAGAAGAGGAGGAGAGCUAUUCAUCAGAACAGGAGGGCAGUGACGACCCUGUCCACAGUCAGUAUAUGUACGAUGAAGAGGAUGAGGUGAGGAAGAAGAAGCCUAGACGGAAGCUCACCUCCAACGCCUCCAUCACCAGACAACCCAACAUCAAGCAGAAGUUUGUGGCCCUGCUGAAAAGAUUCAAAGUUUCUGAUGAGGUGGGCUUUGGUCUGGAGCACGUGUCCAGGGAGCAGAUCCAAGAGGUGGAGGAAGAUCUGGACGAACUGUACGACAGCCUGGAGAUGUACAACCCCUCGGACAGCGGACCGGAGAUGGAGGAGACGGACAGCAUCGUCAGUACCCCCAAACCCAAACUCAGGCCAUUCUUUGAGGGAAUGUCACAGUCCAGCUCGCAGACAGAGAUCACCAGCCUUAACAGCAGAGGAGGGAGUUUGGGACGAGAUGCCUGCUUCAGCCCUCAGGGGGAGCAGCAGCAAAUAGAGAAGAUGAAACACUCUCGUAGUCGUAACCUGGAAGCGGAGGCCCUCUCUGAGUCCGAUACAGUGGAGCUGACAGACCCAGAGACAUAUACUGAGGGCCCGAGCAUUACGGUGUCGGUGGCUGACAAACCCCGUACGCCCCUGAAGACCAGCAAGAGCGAGGGAGGACACACCACGCCCUCACCCAGGUUGGACGGUGGAGGCCACACCCCCAAACAGAAGAGACAGAGCAGCACUCCUAUGAAGGAGAGACAGCUGUCUAAACCAAUGAGUGAAGGAGGGCGGACCAACAGCUCAGACAGCGAGAGGUCCCCCGAACUGGGCCAAAGUUCACAGGUUCUGAGGAAAGCUGUUUAUGAUCAGCUGAACCAAAUUCUGCUGUCUGAUGCUGCUCUUCCGGAGAGUCUCAUCCUGGUCAACGGCACUGACUGGCAGGGCCAGUACGUGGUAGAGCAGCUUCAGGUUCAGAGGUAUCCGGUGGUGUGUACCUGUUCUGGGGCCGAGAUCCAGGCGGUCCUGUCUGCUGUUCUCACGCGCAUCCAGAAGUUCUGUAACUGUAACUCGUCCAUGCCCAGACCGGUCAAGGUGGUGGCGGUGGGCAGUCAGAACUACCUGGGCGCUAUCCUGCAGUUCUUCGUCACCCAGCUGGCCAGCAAGACCCCUGAUUGGCUGAACCACCUCAGGAUCCUGGUGGUGCCCCUGGGCUCCCAUCCUGUUGCUAAGCACCUGGGUGCCCUAGACAACCGUUACAGUUCAGCAUUCUUAGACGGAGCGUGGCGAGACGUGUUCAGCCGCUCUGAACCCCCACAGACGGACAUGCUGGACGUGGCAGGGAGAAUCUCCCAGUACAUCAGUGGAGCCACCGUCACACACCAGCUGCCCAUAGCUGAGGCCAUGCUCACCUGCAAACACAGGACGCAUGAUGAAGACUCCUACCAGAAGUUCAUUCCCUUUAUCGGGGUGGUGAAGGUUGGUCUGAUUGAGCCUGGUUCAUCCUCUUUAGGAGACGCAGAAGAGGGCGUGGCAGUGAGUCUGGCUGUUCCAUCCACGUCCCCUCCCUCCCUCGGCUCUCCCGCCGGGCUGUUGAAAGACACGGCCACUCCCCCCUCCUCCCCCUCCAUGGGCAUUGUGCUUGCUGCUCAGGGGAGUCCCAGUAUGUCCCAUUGUGUGGACGCCAUCGGGCUUCAGGUGGACUACUGGCUGGCGUCGUUGGCGGAGAAACGCCGUGAGGGCGAGCGGCGUGACACGGGCUGUAAGAACACCCUGAAGAGUGCGUUCAGGUCUCUGCAGGUCAGCAGGCUGCCAGGAGGGGUCAGCAAUGAGACCCAGGCCCAGGUCAGCACCAUGGCCAUGACCGUGGUCACCAAGGAAAAGAACAAGAAGGUACCGACCAUCUUCCUGGGUAAGAAGCCGAAGGAGAAGGAUGUCGAUUCUAAGAGCCAGGUCAUUGAGGGCAUCAGCAGACUCAUCUGUUCUGCCAAGCAGCAGCAGACCAUCCUGAAAGUGUCCAUCGACGGAGUGGAGUGGAACGACGUCAAGUUCUUCCAGCUGGCGGCCCAGUGGCCCACGCACGUCAAGUACCUCCCCGUCGGACUGUUUGGUUACAGCAAGCCCGCCUCCUAGGGUCCGCCCCAAUCGCCUUGCCCAAUCCCGCCCCGCGUACCCACACAGACCCCGCCUCUGGGGAACGCCCGGGCAACUAUUAUUGGUCGGUCAUAAUGGAGGAUUGUUUUACUCUAAUGGGGGGUGGGGGGGGGGGGUGUUAUGCUACUAGUCACUUUAAGGUAUUUAAUGCCCCUCUUUCCUGGUGUGGCGUUUGUGUUUGAGGGGCCCACAGCACAACAUAAUUAACUGCCAUUCGUCUGACCGUGUCAGUGAGAUUUCAUCUGCAUGAAUAGCUCCCAUUACGGACCCUGACCUCUGACCCUUUAACCCUGACCCUGGUCAGGAAUCCCCUCCAACCUCUACCCGGUGUUACCAAAGGUCAAUAUGUGCUCUAACCUAGAUCUGCAUGCUGUAUACUACACCAUUCACGUGCCAGUUCUGACGAGAACGCCGCAUUGUAACGUGUCAUGACCGUGAUGUUAUGGUUGGAAACCAAACACACCAAACACACCAAGCACACGCAUGGGACUGAACUACCAACAGGCAACCACUACAGUAGCUACCCCCCUCCCCCCCUUAAAUGAAAGAAAAGGCCUAUUGGUUUCUUCUCACGAAUGAUACGUUGUUUUAUGCAAACAAAGAACAGUCCUGUACAGCGCAUUGCAAUUAGUGCCCUAAAAACAAAACAAACCUUCUGUCCCGAAUUUAUCCUGAAGCUGAGCUAUUUCUGCUCGACAGCUCGUCACAGUAUCAGCGUGAAUUGUUGUUGUCAGCGUUGUACUCUAGAUUACCUUUAAUGCAUAGUCCUCCUAAAGCUUGUGGGCACACAGCAUAUCAGCUGUCUGUGACUGUUGCUUUCUGGGAUUUGUAGGCUAUUGGUUAGGGCUAAGACAAAGUAAAAACAUUUUCCGUCUAGGUCGUUGCCCUUCUGGUCUACUUCUUGCCCCUGCCUUGCCCGGAACAAAUGUAAGCCAAUGAGAUGUCUAGGUCUGGGGCACUCCCUCCAUGGGUGGAAGCAUUAAGUAGGCCAGAGUGACUCUGCAAAAUGAGCCAUUCAUCUUAGUAAGUAUCUGCCAUCUUUGAUUAGGGCUGGGGUUAAAUUGGGCAAAGGGAGAUGUGACUGUCAUCCUCAUCUUUUGCUAUGCACCUCCAGUACAACUUCCCACAGCGCUAUAGUAGCUAGGUGUCCCCCUCGUCUUAAGCACAACUUCGCUCAGUACUAGCUACCAUUCUCCAGCUAUCUUUACCUGUGACUACAGUUGCAUCAUUUAUGUAACUUGACCAAAAUGUCUGGGUUUUCUAGAAAUCCAGGUUUGAUGGUUUUCUAAGCUGAGGGGGGAAAUUUGAAAACUGUGAAUACCCCAAACAGGAUGUCUUAAAAACCUGAGCAUUUUGGGAGAGGUAGCAGGGUUUUCUAACCUUACCUGUGACAAACUCCAGUGAUACAGUGGUUUGUUUUGUCCAGGGUGUUGUGAGGUGACAAAAAAAGGUGUUCCACUGUGACAGGUGUUUUGUUAAGUGUUAUUGUUCACUCUGUUAAAACGAAAAACAAUACUGAACUAUCUAUGAAAAUGAUUUUGAGUAACCCAUGUGAGACCGUACAAUUGGUUUAGUGCGUGUGUGUUUGGCUGUGUGUUUGUGUGGCGAUAAUGUGGUCAAUAUACAGUAACUUUAUAAGUUCUCUAGACUGCAGAGUCAGGAGUUAGAUGUUUUCCUUGUAGACUGAUACAAAGGCGACACCAAGAUACCUUUAGGAAUGAAGAUCUCGAUUAUCUUCGAUUACAAACUACAGACAAUUAGACUUAUAUAUAUAUGAUUAGACAAAUAUAUUAUGGUACUAGAACAUCGAUUCAAAUUCUUAAAUUCUGAAUGAAAUGGCAAUGUAUUUGUAAGCAACAGAAUACUCACCUUGCCAUCUAAAAGGAAGGGUAAUCAGGAUUGAGCAGUUCAGCCUUGUAUCACCUACAGAGUAACUCUAACCUCAUUUGUGCAGUGUCAAAGUAUUAUGACAAAUAUUGAGUAUUACAAUGCCAAUGUCUGGAUAUUUGCAGUUAUGAUUUUAAUGGUAGCUUAGAGGUAGAAGGUUUCUAAUUCUCAACGUAGGUGUGACAGUGUUAAAAGUUGUGAUGUCAACAUCCUGUGUAACUCAAUGUCUGGACCUGUUCUCUUUGGCUGGGCUUGUACCAAGGAAGGCUUUUGCGCCAAGGGCUUCAAACUCACUGAGAGCUAGAAUAUGUAGUAAUACACUCCAUAGAUUAGGCUCUGUAUUCUAGAAUGUGAAUUUUUCAAACAACAAGGAUGUAUUUUCAACAAUUGGGAAGAUGUACCCUGAACUUUGUUUGAAUGUGUAGGUAUAGAACAGAAACAUUUAUUUGCUUCUCAGUGAUUUGAUUUUCUCGUCAGUUCUGUGAACCAACAUUGCAAGUUGUUGGAAGCAUUACAAUUUAGUAGCAACCUGACUUAAGGAAUGUUUAUGUCUAUUUUAACAGUCAAUUUGUGUACCCAGCACUUAACUAUAUGGAGAUCUAGACCAGGAAGCCGGCUGUUACUUUUGAAAUGCUCAACUUUAUUCACCCCCAGAGCCAUCAGCCCUUUUACCUCGCUAUAACAUUUAAUUUACUUGUAGAACACUCCAUGUAAUAUGCUAAAUGUUCUAGUUUGUUGACCUUCCAACUUGACCCCUUUGAGCUUGGAUACUUUGUGCAACUUCGUUUGAGUACCAAAGAUCGGUGGCAAAGGCAGUGGCACUCUUGAAAGCAGACCAUAGAACCUGGCUGCUCCUGUCGCUGUCCACCAGCCAAGGGCUUGACCUAGAGCCCAGUUUUCACCUGGACAGGGACUCUUACCUGAGACUGUAUCAGUGUGUCUCAUAUCACAUGGUGGAAUGGGAGGGACUUUUUGCUUGAGGAUAUUAAUCUUCACCUGCAGCUAUGAUGGAGGUAGUUGGUAUGGCUCCCUAACCGCAGAUCCAGGAUCAGAUUACCGACUCCUCCAGUCCUAGCUAUAACCAUUAGGGGGAUUAAAAGAUAUCUGACCCUCUAACAGUGGAUAGGAGAGACAUCUUCCACCUCCAAGCCGAAAGCAGAGCUCCAACGGCUCACGUUGCAUGUUAUUAGCAUAACGGCGAGUGUAAGAAGGAAUUCCGUUGGAAUUGUCUCAUUAUAAGAUCCCAGGUCUUCAAAGAAGGAGAAGAAAAUAAGUAAUUGCUGCCAAAAAUGAAUUUCUGUUACGUGGAUGUUGCGCUGUAGAUACGGAUUAUCAGUGUUUGUAAUUUUGUUGAUGUGACGAUGAAAGGAAAAGUUGAAUACGAUCCUUGUUCCAAAGCGUUACAUUGCAACGUCUACAGCAUUCUGUCCACCCUGUACAUUCCAGUGGUAUUAAUCCUCCUCGUGCCCUGUUUGGGUUUGGUCGUCGGCGGUCACAUGUUGUUGGACUACCUACUCCAGCCCUGGUUCUUCUGUGAGAAGGUCCUUUGUACCCACUGGGUGCUUACCUGUGUACUUGUCCUGUGGUUUCUAUGAUGGUCAUAAUGUCCAUGACUAAUGCAUAAGGCCUGGAGUUGCUUUUAACUUGGGGAUCUGACCCUGAAAAACUCUGGGCCCUAGUUAUAGCCUAUACUACCCUGAGCUUCCCGGUGAGGUCACAUGGCCAUGAAAAACUUGUCCGUAAUGGAGAGGGAAAAUAUAUUCAUAAUUUGUUUGUAAAUCCCUUCAGCCUUCGUCGUGAAUCUCCUUUUUCUCAGCUGUCUCAUCGUCACAGUGUGUUUCUUUUGAAAAGGAACAACAUUUAAAUGAGAGCUCAAGAACAAUUUGAAAAGGUAUCCCUGCUUGUAACAUAGCAGCUAUCAGUGAAGAUAAUUGGUUUUACACGUGACACUGCAUAGAGUUCUGCUUGGUAAUCUAGAAGAUUCCAACGCUUGUGGAUUGGGAGAGUGUUUUGCACAUGUCAUGGUUUCUUCAGCAGCUUUUUUGCCUUUUGCCUAUAAAAAAUAAUAAUGUGUGUACAUAUUACGCAAGUACUUCUGUAUUUUAUCUUAGUCCUUGUUUUUUUUUUUUUUUUGACAUGUUUUGUAGUAAUGCUUUUUCAUGAUUAUGUUAAUUGAACUGAUGUGGGAUGGAAAAGUGGAACUGUUCAUUGUUUUGUUUUUUAAUAAAUACUCCUUGAUUUGUAUGUCCUGGGGCUUUUGCAUUCCUUAA